AUAACCAGCACCAGGCCAUAAACACUUGGGUCUACUCCAGCGUCAGAAGAUAGAUAUACAACCGCUCACAGUCAUUGUCUUUGCACACAGCCCGAUAAUGUCGGAAGAAAUCCCUCGUCUCUUCGAGGAGGACCCAUCGUGCCGCAAUUGCAAUUCUAUAAUGGUUCGCAACCAGACCCACGGUAACGCCAAUGGCAAUGAGAACAGAUGGUUCUACAAGUGCCGAAGACGUGAGUGUCGUGGUAUAGUAUUUGACGAUUAUGAGGGUAUCCGGGAAGGAAACCCUCCGUGUGACUGCGACGAGUUCUCUCGUGUUCAGAGGGAGCAAGGUCGUGAUUAUGUUUUUCGCUGUGCGAGAGGGGAAUGCGAAUUUGUUCAGGUAUACUGAGAAUUGUGGAUUCACUGUACCUGGGCAGCUGACUUGCAGUAUGCGCAAAGUCCCCCAGCACGUUGUUGUAUUUGAAUUUGCUUGCAACUUUUUUCAACUUCUUUCAUAGUCAUUAUCAUCAAGUUUAUCAUCUUUGAGA